AUGGCGAGUGAGAAGGACGCGUCGCCACAAGCACUAUUUCCAUGCGAUGUCAUAUAUGAAAUCCUGCUGAGGCUCCCUGUGAGGUCUCUUUUGCGAUGCAGGUGUGUGUGCAAGCAAUGGAAGUCAAUGAUCUCCGAUACCCACUUCGCAAAAUUGCACCUUUCUAUGUCCACGGUGGAUCCAACCUUGACCCACCACCGGUUGCUGAUACCCACCAGAAACGGCAACGGAGAGUUAGGAUCGUGCUCCGUGAAAUCAAUAUUUAACAACCCAUUAACUCUUUCUGAGGAUGUUGACUUCACCAUGAGGCGCAAUUACCAACUCUGUGGGUCCUGCAAUGGGUUGGUGUGUUUCAUUCAUCAAAGUCAAACCCAUGCCCGGUUGUGGAACCCAUCUACAAGGUUGUUGUCCAGAAAAACUCCGUCUAUGUAUGUAGAUGGUGAUGAGAUUGCCUUGUUUGAUGGUUUUGGUUAUGAUCACGUGAGUGACAAGUACAAGGUGGUUCUUGUUUUUCGUGAUCCGAGGUCUAAUGAAGUGCACAAAACUAUUACCAAAGUUUAUGCAUUUGGUGAUAGAUCUUGGAAAACAGAACGGAAUUUGAAAUUCGCUGGUUAUCCCGUGUCUAUGCAUGAUGGGAAAUUUGUGUGUGGCAAUUUGAAUUGGGUGGCAAAUAGAGCUAAAUCUAUUAACCGUCCUGAAUGGGAAAUGCUUUCUUUUGACCUGGGAAAGGAUACAUUUAGCAAUGUGUUGCUGCCUGAUUUUGGUGAUGACAAUCCUCUUUACCUUGAACAAGCUGUCUUGAAAGACUGCCUUUGUGUUUCUUAUGACUGUGAAAGAACCCACUUAAUGGUUGUGUGGCUAAUGAAGGAAUAUGGUGUUAAAGAGUCAUGGGUUAAAUUUAUGGUAAUCCCUCGUGUGGAACUUCAGAUUGGUGGGUUUAUUCCUUAUACAAAGCCAUGGUGCAUAUCAAAAAAGGGUGCGGUUCUAUUGUAUACUACCUUUGGACCAGCUCUGUAUGACCCGAAGGUAGACAGACAGAUUGGUGCAGGACAUCCUUUUUACCUUGUGUAUCCUGAUGUUAAGGGCCGCGAUAUUUGGUUCAAUCAAUGUAUUUACAUUGAGAGCCUGGUUUCACCAUGUUUUUGA